UUUUGUUUUUCGCUCUGCACUGGCAGCAGAUAGCAGCGAGUUUGUCAAGAAUAAAGGGGCGCUGAAGGCAUUGAACGGCACUUGCUCGAUCAGCAAGCACAUUAAAUUCCGAUUGGUUUUCCUGGAGGAAGCUCUUGCACUGCUUUUGCGCUAUGGCUCCAGAGAUCCGCAUGGCCGCUCCUGUCUGCUUCAUUGAGAACAGACCUGAUGGGAAACUGGUGGUCCAAGAGGAGGCUGCAAAGUUGCUUGCAGGGAUCCACCAGCCAGUGGUGGUGGUGGCCAUUGUGGGGCUGUACCGCACCGGCAAGUCCUACCUCAUGAACCGGCUUGCUGGCAAGAGAAGAGGCUUUUGUCUAGGUGCCACAGUGCAGGGGCAAACCAAGGGCAUCUGGAUGUGGUGCCUCCCUCAUCCUCACAGGCCUGACCAUACACUGGUGUUGCUGGACACAGAGGGGUUGGGAGAUGUGCAGAAGGGCAAUACACAGAAUGAUGCUUGGGUCUUUGCACUGUCCAUUCUGCUCAGCAGCACCCUGGUGUACAACAGCAUGGGCACCAUUGAUCAGAAUGCCUUGGAGAAGCUGCACUAUGUUACUGAGCUGACAAAAAAGAUAAGAGUCAGAUCUUCAUCCAGAGAUUGCCGAGAAAAUGAGAAUUCUGCCGAAUUUGUCCGUUUCUUCCCAGACUUCAUUUGGGCUGUGCGGGAUUUCACGCUGCAACUGGAGAUAGACGGACGCUCUGUGAGUGAGGAUGGAUACCUGGAGGCUGCUCUGAAAUUACAGCAAGGUGACACAGAGCAAAUCAAGAAGUGUAACCUGCCCCGACUGUGUAUCCGCAAAUUCUUUCGAUCACGGAAAUGUUUCACGUUUGACCGUCCAACUAGCAGGAGAAACUUGCCUCGGCUGGAGGAACUGGAAGAGGAUGAUUUGGAGGCAGAUUUCUUGGAACCAGUGGCCUCUUUCUGUCAACAUAUCUGGGAGACUUCCCAACCCAAGACAAUCCCAGGAGGCCAGAUUGUCACUGGAAGAAUGCUCACAACCUUGGCGAAGAAUUACACCGACGCUAUCAACAGUGGGAUUGUGCCUUGCUUGGAGAAUGCGGUGCUGGCCCUGGCUGAGAUUGAGAAUGCAGCUGCGGUGCGCAAGGCCAUUUCCCAUUACGAAGCGCAGAUGGGGCAACGCUUGGUGCUGCCCACAGGCACGGUUGAAGAGCUGCUGCAGGUGCACGCUGAGUGCGAGAGGGAGGCGACUGCAAUAUUCCUGGCCUGUGGCUUUGGGGACAGCAUUGAACAAUUCCAAGCAGAACUUGUGCAACAACUGCAGAAGAAGAAGGAAGAGUUCUGCAAGAGGAAUGAACAGGUGUCGUAUGAUCGCUGCUGUGCUCUGCUUCUAGAACUUUCCCAGGCGCUGGAGGAUGGAAUCAGCAAGGGCAUCUACUCUGUGCCUGGGGGCUACAAACACUUUCUGGAGAGGCAGAAUGAAAUUCUGGAGAAAUACCGUUGGGUGCCUGAGAAAGGGAUUCAGGCGGACAAGGCUCUUGAAGAAUUCAUGAAAUCCAAGGAGACAGUGGCAAAAUCUAUCCUUCAGAUGGACAACGCACUGACUGACAAAGAGAAGGCAAUUGAAGCUGAGAGUGCUCGGGCCAAGGCAGCUGAACUGCAGCAGAAGAUGCUGGAGUUGGAACAGGCCAAGCUGGUCCAAAUGGUGAAGGAUCAAGAGAGGACCCAUGCUGAGCAGAUGCAGCUGCUGAAGGAGAAGGUGGAGGAAGAGAAGAUGAGGAUGCAAGAGGAGACUGAAAAGAUGGUGCAGCAUAAGCUUAAGGAACAGGAACAACUGCUGAAAGAAGGAUUUCAGGAGACGUCCAGAGAGAUGGCGGAAGAAAUCAAGAGUCUCAGGAAAGAAAAUAAAACCCCUGACUGGGUUGCUAUAUCUUCACAAAUACGAGGAAUAUUUGAAAGUGUGGCACCUCUGAUAUUUCAAUAUAAAAUGAUGUCCAAGCUUUCAAGCCAGCCAAAUGCAGAGAAGAAAUAGUUCCGACAUGGGAAGAAGUGGGGCUGGCUGCAGAGACCUCUCUGAAUGUAUUCUUGGAUGUAUGCAAGCAAAUCCAGAAGAAUGGGAGCUGCAUCUAGAGCUCUGCCACUGAAAUUCAAUUUAUUAUUAAGAUAAGUAAAUUGUGUAUCUUACCUUGCUUGCUUGCUGAAGUGCUGUCAAGUCAGUGUUGACUCUUAGCGUCCACAUAGAUGAAUUCUCUCCAGGAUGAUCUGUCUUCAACUUGGCCUUGAAGGUCUCUCAGUGGUGCAUUCAUUGCUGUCAUAAUAGAGUCCAUCCACCUUGCUGCUGGUCGUCCUCUUCUCUUUCCUUCCACUUUCCCCAGCAUUAUGGACUUCUCAAGGGAGCUGGUUUUUCACAUAAUGUGUCUGAAGUAUGAUAGUUUGAGCCUGAUCAUUUGUGCCUCGGAUGAAAAUUCUGGACUGAUUUGUUCUAGGAUCCAUUUUUUUGUUUUCCUGGCUGUCCAUGGCAUCCUCAAAAGUCUUCUCCAGCACCAAAGUUCAAAAGCGUCAGUGCUUUUUCUGUCUUGCUUCUUUCUUGCCUACCUUGCUUACCCACCUAAGGUAUCUUGCUUACCUUACUAAUAAGAUGAUUACUUAUCUUUGCUUGUGGCUGCUGCCAAUUAUUAUAACACAUCUUGACUACAGUAAAAAGUUCUCAAAUUGGUUCACAUAGAAUACUAAAACUAUGGUUCCCUGUCCCCAAAGUGCUUGCUGAGUAUUUAAAAGGGAGGUAGAGGCAGAAUCAGCCUGCAUUAAGAGUGAUUAAACUGAGUGCAUCCAGUUAAUCUGUGAAAAUCAUUGUUAACAAGGUUGAAAAUAACAUUGUCAGUGUGUCUGUACCUAACCACCGUAAGGUUGCCAACUGACCAGAAAAAGAGCCAGCUGUAUUCCCUCUUCUCAUUAUCAAUCCAGCGGCAAAGGAGGAGGUGGAGCAGGGCAUGCACAUUGGGCAGUGGUGGCUGUGAGGCAAAUGUGCACAUACAGGUGUGUGCUGGAUAUGCUGCCAGUUAGCCAUGAGCUCCUGUCUUGUUCUCUUUACCACAAUUUACACUUCUCUCCUUUCCAGAUACCCAAAUAAUUCUGAGGUGUUUUUUCCCCCUAGUGCCUCUAUAAACUUUUCCUAAUUCAUUUCAGUCAAAUGAGCUGUGUGUGUGUUUUCUUUUCUGGGCAUACAUUUGGUUCACUGGGUAACUAAAUACUCUCAUUCUAGUAUGGAUUUGUUUUAAUAAACUCAUACCAAUAUUG